UCUUUACUGCUUUACUCUUAAUAGGUCCCCGGGAGAGUGAGCUUCCCUGUGCUCUCCAGAAUCUUUCUUUCACGCCUCUGUCGCCUUCUCUCCCGCCUCCGAUCUAGGGUUUCUUCUUCUUCCAGUCGAAGAUGUCGGCCUACAACGGGAAGUACUCAGAGGAACUUAUCAAGAAUGCUAAAUACAUUGCGACUCCCGGCAAGGGCAUCCUUGCUGCCGACGAGAGCACCGGCACCAUCGGCAAGCGUCUCGCCAGUAUCAACGUCGAGAAUGUAGAGGCUAACCGCCAAGCCCUCCGCCAACUACUCUUUACAGCCCCUGGUGCUUUGCCUUACCUCUCGGGUGUCAUCCUCUUCGAAGAGACCCUCUACCAGAAGACCACCUCCGGCAAGCCCUUCGUCGACGUCCUUCUUGACGGCGGGGUUCUUCCCGGCAUCAAGGUCGACAAGGGCACCGUCGAGAUCGCCGGAACCAAUGGAGAGACCACCACUCAGGGCCUUGACGGCCUUGCUGCCCGGUGCCAGCAAUACUACAAGGCCGGCGCCCGGUUCGCGAAAUGGCGUGCUGUUCUCAAGAUCGGACCUACGGAGCCAACCGAGCUCGCAAUCCAGCAGAACGCUCAUGGCCUAGCUCGCUAUGCCAUUAUUUGCCAAGAGAACGGCCUCGUCCCCAUCGUCGAGCCGGAGAUCCUGACGGACGGCAGCCAUGACAUUCAGAAAUGUGCGGCAGUAACAGAGCGAGUGUUGGCAGCUGUAUACAAGGCCCUCAACGAUCACCAUGUUCUCCUUGAGGGUUCUCUUCUCAAGCCCAAUAUGGUGACAUCUGGUUCCGACUGCCCGAAGAAGGCAACGCCGGAGGAGGUCGCCGACUACACGGUUCGGGCGCUUCUGCGCACUGUUCCCGCCGCCGUUCCAGGCAUCAUGUUCCUCUCAGGAGGGCAGAGUGAGGAGGAGGCGUCGGUGAAUCUGAACGCCAUGAACAAGCUGGAUGUGCUGAAGCCAUGGACAUUGUCGUUCUCAUUUGGGCGUGCCCUGCAGCAGAGCACGCUGAAGACAUGGAAGGGAAAAGAGGAGAACGUUAAGGCUGCACAGGAGGCGUUCCUGACGAGGUGCAAGGCCAACUCGGACGCCACGCUUGGCAAGUAUGCUGGUGGUAAUGCCGGCGGAUUGGCCUCUGAGAGCCUCCAUGUGAAGGGAUACAAGUACUAAGUGUUUUAUCCUUGGCUGUGCUGUGGAUCUUCAUCCGCCUGUGUUUUUUUCUUUUCCUCAGAAACAGAUGUUUUGUCCUAUUUCUGUCGGACGUUCGUGGCUGCUUAUGACAAAUUUUAUCGUGCUAGUAGUUGGUUUUGAGAUAA